AUGGUCACUCAGGAUCAAUUGAAAUGCUAUUUGGGCGGCAAUUGUGUGAUAGAUGUGGACAACAGAACUAAUUGCAAGAAAUGUCGUUUAAAUAAGUGUUUAGCAGUCGAGGGCAAUCGGUUGAGUGAACUGAUGGACGCAAUGAAUGAGUUGAAAGUCUAUAAUAAAACUAAUCAUUCAAUUAAGAUCACUAAAGUGGUGAUCUUGAGAAUGGUUUUGGAUUUUAAUUUCGAUGGCAAUUAUUGGACUGUUAUUAGCAAUAAUAAAUCGUAUCUAGUCAAACUGGAUUUACUUAAAGACGAUCCAAUCAAUUCAGAUGCCGAUGAUAGUCCGUAUUGUUUACAUAAAAUCUUUUUGCAAAAUAUGGGACUUGAUUGGGAUUCAGACUCACUUAUAAUUGACUUGUUAACAGCUAUUAUACACUUUAACCCAAAUCGACCGAAACUAAUCAAUAGAAAACUUGUUGAGUGCCAUCAAAAUAUUUACAUUCAUUUACUUCAACGCUAUUUGCAAAUGAAAUGUCGAUCGGAAUUACUAUCGGAUGUCAAAUACAAACGACUUAUGGAUAAUUUAUUUUAUUUAAAUAUAUUAAACCAU